AUGGCCACUGAUAAGAUCACCUUUCUUGCCAACUGGCACGCCACCGCUUACCACGCUCCUGUCUACCUGGCCCAGGCCAAGGGUUUCUUUGCUGAGCAGGGCAUCAAGGUUGCUCUUUUGGAGCCCAACGAUCCUAGCGAUGUCACCGAGAUCAUCGGCUCCGGCAAGGUUGACAUGGGCUUCAAGGCUAUGAUCCACACUCUGGCCGCCAAAGCCCGCAACUUCCCCGUCGUCUCCGUCGGCUCGCUUCUCGACGAGCCCUUCACCGGCGUCGUCUACCUCAAGGACUCCGGCAUCACCGAGGAUUUCCGCUCGCUCAAGGGCAAGAAGAUUGGCUACGUCGGUGAGUUUGGCAAGAUCCAGAUCGACGAGCUAAAAUAA